AUGGGAGGCUCAUAUUUCGGUGAGUGGGUGGCCGAAGGAAAAGAAGGCGGCGGCGUCCGCACUCUGGUGACGGACAGGGUCGAACUCCGCUACUACCUCGAGGACGACACGGCCGAGGUCCGCGUUCACCACCUCACACCCCAACAGGACGUGCUCACGCCCGCGCGCCCGGUCCAGCCCACCAAGAUCCUCAAACGAGGACCUGUGGCGAAGAACAUAACAGAGCUGAACAACGCGUCUUCGCUUGGCGCUGUGGGGCGGCCCACGCUAAACCUGGUGGGGCUCCGGGGCGGCCGGGCGCACCUGAAGGACCGACGCCCACAGGCGCCAUCCAGUCCCGUUUUCUUACAACCAAAGGACCUGGUUUUGGGGAAAACGGUGGACGUAGCGGGGAGACUCCUAAGGCUGUGCGAGUGCGACUCUUUCACCACCAAUUACUUCAAGAACGUUUAUGGCAUUGAUCAGCAUCCCGUCGGCUACGCGUACCUUGACCAGCAGCUUGGGACGCCGCAGCUCCUUCGCACGGAGCCGCUCGACCCUCGCUGGUUGGAGGAGACGCCGAAGGACCCCCUCCACCCGCUGCCGACGACGGUCACCACGACCAACCACAACGCGCAUUCCAUAAGAGACGGCUACGAGCACACUAUUCUCCGAUUCGGCGCUAGAUUAGUCACCGAGAAGGAAAAGGACAGAGAGAGGGAAUUUGUGAUAAAUUUCUACGCUCAUGACUCCACGGUGUCUGUGUUCGAGGUCCCAAAGAUCAACUCAGGCAUGCGAGCGGGUAUGUUUCUCGGGCGAGGGUUGGUCGUGUCCGAAAAGGGCGGCCAUGUUGGCGGGAAAGACCUUUUCGCAGGCAACAUCGUCAAGCUCAACUCGCACACCUUUUACAUCACUCAUGCUGACGAGUUCACGCUCAGUUUUAUGCAGGAACACUGUGAUGAGUUUCCACAGGCGAACUACAACGUGGCACUGGACAAAGCCCGGCGGCACUUGGGGCACCAUGAGCUGACCUCGCUUCUGCACAAGCUCACAGGGCACGACCCUUCGAAGUCCGGCUAUACAAGGACCGACAUCGUCCUCAACGCCCUCGCCAAGGCUCUAGAAAGGUCGGCACUGACACGACAGCAGAUCCAGGCUCUAGUCCGCCGUCACCGCCGUCAGGAACCGUCGCCCUUUACCCGGGAGAGUCUCUCGCACUUGGCGUCACUUCACCUUAAAAGACAUAAUUUCGAUGGACUGCCAGAUCUGAGUUCGGGAUUGCGUGGGCGGGACAUAGAAGGGCGAGGUCGCUUACCUGCAGGGACGGUCAGAGCAGCUGUCAAGGCCACGCGCCUCCCCGUCCCCACCCUCCUUGUGGACGCUCUUGUUAGCAGCGUGACGGAGCAUGACGGUCAGAUCGAUUAUGACAGACUGUGUCAUGAACUGGAUUACCGUCAUCGACCUCACAUCCACGACAACCUCCCGUGCCAGCUCGACGAAUCCUCCCUGGAAGUCGGUCUGCGGCGCCUCUCGGACGACACGGAUUACGUCAACCUCAUCGCGGACCUGGAAGGCAGCGCCAACACCCACCACUUCGCCGGAUCAGGGCUUGUGUAAAAGGCGAGGCUCGCAGCGUGGUCUGGAUGGAGAGGUGUUUGUUGUUAGUCUUUGUGUGUGUGUGUGUGUGUGUGUGUGUGUGUGUGUGUGUGUGUGUGUGUGUGUGUGUGUGUGUGUGUGUGUGUGUGUGUGUGUGUGUGUGCGUGCUUCUGAACUUCCUUAUUCGCUUGUAAGUCACAGUAAUGCAAAAUAGAAUUGUUAAUUGUGAAAAUGUUGAGGGUUAUGUUAUAUCUCCAUAAAGUGGUUUGUUAUAUUCAUAAUUGUUGAAAAAUCUUUACACUGUUGCCAUUUAGAGAUCAAGUAAAGCUAUACUUAGAUUGUGUCAAAAGCUUCCUUCACUUUCAAUAUAUUAUAUUUGUCAAUAUAUAUUCUGUUUUUUUAUUUUGGCAAUAUAAGUGAAAGAAGAUAACACCGACUACAGACAUUCAGAAAACAUAUAAUAAUUUCUAAUAUGUCGUGGAAAUGAAUGCUUUUUACUUUAUUGUAGGUCUACACUUGAAUGUAUCUAUUUUUUCUAUCGAAUGUAUUGUUCAAAAUCAAACUACAAUUUGGUGAAAUAGAUUAGUCUACAUAGGUUCAUUAUUUCUCCUCGGAACUCUUAGUGUUUCUGACAUGGAAGUUGUAAGGAGAUAACUAGGAAUUAACAUUGUUCUUUUGUAUGCUUAAUUACAUUACCUGGUGUUCUGUUCUAUUAUGUGCUUUGGUUGUGCAUUGUUGAGGAACUUCGUCUUUUCUCUUGUAAUAUUCUUUAAAUUGUGAAGAUUGUUGAAUAUGUCGUCUCUAUAUAAUUCUCUUAACUAUAUAAAAUGAUAUUAAUAGCAAUAAAGAUAAUACUAGUGGUUAAGUUAAUAAGAACACUACUUCGACUUCUUUUUCUUCUGCUUCUAUUUCUCCUGCUAGUUGCAUCUUCUUUUUUCCCUCCCUUUUUCUUUUUUCCCUCCUUUUCUCCUUUUUUUCUUCUUCUUUCCCCUCUACUUCUACU